AUGAGAGAAGUAGAUAGAACUAAGUCCUUAUAUCAAGCAUUACAGAAAUAUACUCAGUCUAUUUUAGAUGUUACAUACUAUAAAGAGUGUUUACUGGUUGAUGAGGACUUUCCCGAGAGUACUGCUCCUCAAUCCAUAUUAGGGAUAUUAGAUCAAUUUUCUAAUGGAAUUAAACUUUUGUGGAAAAAACACUCUGAGGUUUUAGGGAUACUAGGUGUUGAUAUGGUGGAGUGUCUACAUUGGAGAGUAGGAGCGUUGAUGUAUAUGUAUGUAAAUACUGUAAUGAAUAAUGAUAAGAGAGUUGAAAGUGCCGAUUGUAUUCGUAGUGACACACACAUGUUGGCAUUAGCAUAUGGUGGAGAAAUGUGUUAUUGGUACAUGAAAAAUGCUUCCCAAAAACACACCGCACCCACAAAAGCAGAAGCCACACCCACACAUACACUUUCAAGCAGUGAAUGCAAAUAUCCUGAAUUAUACAAAGUUAUGGAGUCUAUUUAUGGCAUGGAUUGUCCGAGUCAUUGUGGGCGUGGCAGUUUUGAUGCUGUGUCUGUUGGUACUAUGUUUUUGACACGAUAUGUUGAAGCUGCUCGUGGUACUUUACGAAUGCAGUCUUGGCAAUGUGAACGACCUGAUGAACUCUAA